GUCUCGCCUCUCGAUAAUAUGACGGUAAGAGUUCUUACUAUAUAUUCUCUGCUCUAAAAUCUGAUAAAUAGGUAUUAUUAAAGCAUGAUGAACUAGCUCUUCCUCUUUUUCAUGUUCCCUUCUCAUAGUGUUUUUCUUUCGCAAUGCCCAUAGUUUUUAAAUAGGUGACUUUGUUUUUUACUCAUCAAAAGCGUCCUACAAAAAUUUAUUAGGAGGCAAGGAAAAAAAAUAUACUCAGUUUCAUAUGCAUAGAGGUUAAUUUUAUUGUCCCAUAGUACUGGGUAAAAAUUAAGCUGCAAACCGUCUAAACUUUUUUUUAUACUGGAGGAGAAUUUCAUUGAUGGCGGGGACUAAUAAGUUCCAACAAAGCCAAGUUAGUGAGUUACAAAUACAGUGGUGUUUGUGUAUCCUUAAGCCAAAUCCAAUCGGGAUUAGACAAUGCGAGGUGGCUAACUGACAUAUAUAUAUAGUUGUCUGAGGAGUUGCCUCUAACUAAUUGACAUACAUCAUAAUUUUGAAUGAUUUUAUACUAUUUGUUUUGAUAGUAAGAUUUAAUUGUGUUUUGAGGAGAAUAGUUUCACAAAUGAAAAAAGUAAUACUACGAGAAGUUUUAUUAUUUAUUAAUACACUUAUGCGUGAUUUUCAAUGUACUCACAACGAAAUUGUUUAUAAAAAAAAAAAUCAUUUAUUAAUUUUUUAACCCCUUGUUAGCUAGCAAUAGCAAGAACCAUCAUUAAGAAUAGAGAAUCAACGUAUUCAUCAGAUUUAAAUGUAUCCAAUCCUUGAUCCCGAGUCCUCUCACAAAGUGUUUGUAAAUGUCAGCAUUCUCAUGUCCCAAAGUUUGGUAAUUGGGACUGUGACAACAUCCCAUACACAGUAUAUUUUGAUAAUGCACGCAACAAAAAGCCUUUUAUAAAUCCGAACGACCCAGAACAAAAUCCGGAGGUCUUCAAUCUAUACAUGAGAGGAGUUGAAAAAAGUGACGAAGCAGUGAAGGCUUCUUCUACUCGUAUGCGCAUGCGCUCCUAUAGUACUAGUUCUUUAGAACAAACAAGCCAUGAACAUGACCAUGAGGAGGGGAGAAGCAAUACUAAAAGCCAUUCCCAUCACACGACAGAAUCUGUCAGUGAAAGAAGCAAUUCCGAUUACUCUGUCAUUCAGAGAGUGAAGUCAGAUUUCAUUGGUAGCUUCUCUUCAUCAAAUCACAAUAUUAAAGGCAGAGGUGGAAGCCAUUCCCUUAUUAAUGACCACGUGAACCAUGAAGCAGCACUAGUACCAGAAUUUGGUGCUUGGGAUGUCACAGACCCUAAAUCAGGAGAAGGAUAUACUGCUAUAUUCAGCGAAAUAAGAAAAGAAAAGGAAAUUGCGUCUGGCCGCAUGCCUAGUAAGACACCAUCGAUAAACAACUGUUCUAGUAUCCAGAAUCAAUGUGGCAGACCUUCCUCCAUUUUAUCCAAGUGCUGCUGUUGUUUGUUUUCGAGUGAAAGCCAAUGAACUCGGAUUGUCGUUUGCCCUGACACACGGGAGUUCUCAACCUUUAAACCGGACAAUUUCAUUCUUUUUUCUGCAUCAGACUUUGUAAUCUAUGUUCAAGAACUAAAAAAAUGCCGUUGAUUUUCUGUAUACCCUAAAUUUUUAAUGUACGUGGGAUAUUUUAUCAUUUUUAUAUAUGUAACUCUUUACAAUUGUGGAAUAAUGG